AUGUCUAAUAUUUCUGAAGUUCCGUCCAUUAAUGAUAAUACUCUGAAUGAGAAUCUGAAGGCUGAAGUUAACACCGUGAUUCAGCUAGAGAAAUCAUUGGAAGAACUAGUCAAACAACGUGACCAAGGGAAAGAAAAAGCUGAGAAGAUUAGUGAGUUAAACAGUAGGUAAGAAUCUUCUCAAUAAUGUAACUUUUUUGUACUUUAACCAUCAUUAAGACAUUUUAUUCUAUACCAUAUUCGAUACUGUGCAGUUCAUGUAAUACAACUCGUUUGUCUGUUUCAGAGAAAUGGGAGACCACAUGGUUGAAUCCUUGCUAGAACUGGUCGAAAACGUGCGUAAAAUUGAAAUAGAAAUCGACAGUACCAAGGAAUCACUUCAGAAACUUGAGAACGAAGAUCCAGGAGAAGCUGCGAGAGAUUUUAACACAAAACUUGAUGCUAUUAGAGGCAAAUUGAGUGCUAUGAAGCGAGAACGAGAAGCAAAAGAAGUGAUAUACAAGACAUUGCUGAAUAUAAGCCACGAUUCUGUGAAACUUCCAAUCAAACCAAAUCACAGUGUUAAGACUGAAGUUGUAGAUGACCUACAAUAA